AAAGGGACGUCAGUGGAUAAAGCUAAAAGAAAACCCGACCGGACAGGGUGCCUUGAGAAGUAUGAAAGAACGCGGCUACAGCGCCGUCUGCUGACGAAGGAACUGCGGAGGCGGGGUUAGGAGGAGGACAGUCUUGGCAGCUGGGGGAAAGCUCAGCGUGUGCACUGUUCAGCCGGCGGUGGAAUUUCGAGGCCACUGCGAUGGAAGGAAGCCGCGUGCGGUUGAUUUGCCUCUUUGUUGCGCUCAUCAUCCUGAUUUCACCCUUGUGUGCGGAGACCUCAGAGCGGCAAUCUUGUGACGGAACCAGUUGGUCCCAAAUGAGCAGUCUGGAAGUACCUGAAGGUGGCAAUGCAUCAAUCAUUCUCAAAAUUUAUACAAAACAUAUGAUACUACUAGUCAGAUGUGACUCCCAGACACAUACACAGAAAGAGCUGUUUGUGGGUCGUCUUUGGAAUCUUCGCAAUCUAACAAAUGAGACGGAGGUUUCCCUAUUCAACCAAACCUUCACUGUGCAGAAUGGGAGACAUGAAGGCGUCUAUCUCAUUCUGUUGUACAAUGAUGGAACAUGCUUGGCUGGAGUAAAUGUAACUCUGCAUGGUCCUCCUCUUUCACCUGACUUGCCCUCAUCUACUGCAUCCUCACAGGUUGUGUCCAAAGAAGCCUCUGUUUCUGAAACAAGUGGAAGUACAGACCUAUACAUUGGAAUUCCUAUUGGGAUCCUCAUGCUGCUUGUUGGACUCAUGCUGCUUGUUCGGCUCUAUCAAUAUAUAAAGAAAAGGGGCUCUAAUGAAUCUUCUCAGUCAACUACAGCAGAAUGCAUGAUCAACCUGUGAAUAAAUUACUACUUCAUCAUAAACAGGAGGAUCCAGUCUAGUGAACGGAGAAAGCGGUGGAGAAGUGAGAAGAUAACUUUGUGUUUUUCUUCUUGGUCACUUGUUGGUGGCACAGACUCUGAACUGAAGGAUGAACCAACAGGAACCUUGACUGUUAAGAUUCUCUGCUGCAUACCAAGUAUAACAUCCUUGCAAUAACUUGCUAAAACAUACAUGCACCAGCAUAAUUUCCCCAAAAUUAAAGGACCAGUUUUACAG